UUGUGAAAAUUUUAGACAAUACAAAUUGGAAAGAAAUUGGCGUUAGUUAAUUGGAAAGUCAUUAUUAGUGUAUGCUAAAAAUAUUGUAAAAACUUAAAGAAAACGUCCGAGAAACUAUACCAACGUUUCAAGACAAACUUGUUUAGUUAUGGUUAAGAAGAAACGUCAAUCUGAUGUACAUGAUGACGGUUCAUCGACUGAUUCAUCCGAAGGUGCGCUGCAGAGCCCUACAUCCGGCAUUGGAGUUUGUCAGCAUGUGAAAAAAUCUGUUGAUCCAACAAAGUUGCGCAAAAUACUAAAAGCAAGUGGUCUGGCUGCGGACUGCAUGCAAUGCUCCAAACAGGGCGCUACUUCACCUGCUGAGGAAGUUAAGGAGUCAAUUCUGGACGAUUCGCUAGCCGGUUUCGAGUAUGACACCACACUUUGGUUAUGUCUGAAGUGUGGUUCCCAGCUUUGUGGACGGUCAAGAAAUCAGCACGCUUUACAGCAUUACAAAACACCUCACUCUGAUUCACAUGCGCUCACUAUGAACACGCGUACGUUUGAAAUAUGGUGUUACGAUUGCGAUAACGAAGUUAAAUCCAAUUCUCGUAAAAAUCUAUUGGAGUGUGUUGAAAUGGUAAAAAAAGCUGCCCAAAAACCAAUACCCAUUGCAUCACCCGCGAAAAGCACACCACUUAAUAACAUAGAAGGAAAAAUACUAUCGACUUGGGAAUCUUUACAUCCAUUAGUUGAGACUCAAGCAGUGAGUGUAACAAAUAAGCCAAUACCGCUACCACCACCACCACCGCCGCCCAUACCAGGUAUGGCUAAGCGAAUAACAGAUCCAGCCGUGGUAUCUGCACCCGUAGUUACCAAUAAACAAGCCAACACAUACGACCUGCAAUCAGUAGAAACACUGCCGCGUGUGCGUGGCUUAACAAAUCUGGGCAAUACAUGUUUCUUUAAUGCAGUUAUGCAAUGUUUGGCUCAAACACCCUAUCUGCUAGAUGUGCUCAAAGAGCUAUCAGAGCCCGGCGAAGAAUUCACUUUACCAGGCGGUACUUUUAAAUUCAAAGACGACGAAGAUGUGCACUUGCCAAUGAUCAAAGGUACCUUGUCAUCGUGGGGUGGACUUACAGCGGCACUGGCGCAGGCUUUGGAAGAGUUGCAAUCAAGCGGCGGUGUUUUUACGCCCAGCAAGCUCUUCGAUAAGCUUUGCACAAAAUGCCCACAGUUUCGUGGCGGCGAUCAACAUGAUUCCCAUGAAUUACUACGCCAUUUACUGGAGAGCGUCAGAUCUGAGGACUUAAAGCGUUACCAGCGUGUAAUUUUGACCAAUUUGGGUUACAAGGAUCAGGAUAUAAACAGUGUGUCUGAGGAAAUGCGCCAGAAAUGUAAAAUAUAUGGCAAUCAAGCAGCUGAUCGUAUACUUCGACCCGAGCAAGUUUUCCGCGGCUUUUUAGUGUCCACGCUUACUUGCCAAGAUUGCUAUAAUGUGUCCUCACGGCAUGAGUACUUCUUAGACAUGUCAUUGCCGGUUAGCGUUGAAAAGCCACAGCCACCAUUCAGACGUAAAACCAGCCCUGAUAAUUCGCCAAGCGCAAGCUCAUUUUACUUAAACACACCGCCUGCUGGACCCUCCAAAGCGCAAUUGAAAAAGGAAAAAGAGAAGGAGCGCAAAGCAAAACGCGCCGCUAAACAUCACGAAAACAAAUUGAAACAGAAGGCAAUAUUCGAGAAUGUGGCUAGCGGCGCUAACGAAGUUGUGGAAACAGCGGCUUUCGAAAUGGAAUGCAUUAGACGUGUGAACGGCGCGGCAUUUUCCUCUUCCGGAUCUUCUUCUGAACAAUCCGAUGCUGACGUUGAAGACAACCUGCUCGAUGACAACGCGGCCACGAAAUCAACGCGAACUACAGGCGCAAACAGUUACGACAGCAACGGUAACAAGCAGUUACCGCGCACUGGCAAAUCAGAGAAACGCGACGACUCACCCGAGAAUAUGGACAAAGACUCACUAGAUGAAGACGAAAACGWUUCAGGCAUCGCCAAUAGUCCCGCUAAUGCAGGCACCAACUUUUUAUCCUCUUCCGAAACGAAUGGCGGUGCCGUUAGUGGUGAUGCGCACAGCGUAACUGCAAACAAUAGUUUGGUAGCGGUUGGUCUCAGCGAAAAAGGUGCCACGAUGAUGCGACAACUCUCCCUUACCGAUGCAGCCAGUGCAGCCAAUGCGGCCAGCGCGGCAGGCAUUUUUGUGAAUGGCGAAAUGAAAGACGAAGCCGCGCUUGCUGCACAACUGGAACAGCUUAAACUAAGCGAGCAAAAGGCAGCGCGCAUGAAGGCCAAGCGAGUGCGCACUCAAAGCCAUUCCGAUUGGAGCACGACCAUAGCGCCGCGUUAUCAAUGCGAAGACGGCGAGUGCUCCGUACAAUCAUGCCUGAAUAAUUUCACCGGCGUUGAGUUGAUGACGGGCAACAAUAAGGUCGGUUGCGAAAAUUGCACCAAACGCAUUAACGGUAGCGAUCCGAAAGCCAAGACCAUCAAUACGAAUGCGACCAAACAGUUUCUAAUAUCUAGUCCGCCAGCUGUAUUAAUACUACAUUUGAAACGUUUCCAACUCGGGCCGCGUUGCAUAUUCCGCAAGCUAACACGCGCGGUCAGCUUCCCCAUGGUACUAGACAUAGCGCCCUUCUGCGGUUCUAAAGUAAAAAAUUUGCCAAAUAUCGAUCGCAAACAAAAGAAACUGUUAUACGCACUUUACGGUAUUGUCGAACACUCGGGCGGCAUGUACGGCGGCCAUUACACCGCCUAUGUAAAAGUGCGUCCGAAACUUUCGCGUGACGACAAACGCUGGAAAUUCUUGCCACAAGGCAGCAAAGCCGAACUCGAUCAAGACGACGAACAGCGCAAGAAACUCGAGGAGCUAUUGGCAAAAGAGAAAGCGCGCGAAUUGCGCAUGAAGGCCGCCAACGACAGCGAUGACUUCUCCAACAGCAGUGAAUGCUCAUCGACAACAACAAGCACUUCCGAUACAGACGAGCUGCCUGACAACCCAGCAGACAGUGGCGGCGCUUACGGCGGUGACGAUGAGGCGCGCGAUGUGCAAGUGCCCAUGGGCAAGUGGUAUUAUGUGUCCGAUUCACGCGUGCAAGAGGUCAACGAGGAGGCGGUGCUGCGUGCACAAGCUUAUUUGUUGUUCUACGAACGUAUUUAUUAAAAAUAUUCUACUGAAAUUAUGCAACUAAACAAAAGCGAUAAAAAUGAAGAAAAAUAGACAAGCAACGAUGUUGAUAGUCAUGCAUUACUCGUAGUAUGAUGACCAUAACCAUAAUAAGUGCGUUUUUGACAGACGCAAUGUACACCUCAAUUUAAGCGAAACAAACUAAAAGUAAAAACCAACAACAAAAAACAAAAACAAAAAACACUACAAUAAUUUAAUGAAGCUAUUAAAGCAGAAAUUUUGAAAUUAUAAACAUAGGCUAGAAAGUAGAAAGGCAAGCAAACAACAAAA